AUGAGGCCGGCCUCAUCUUCGCCCGCUGCGCGCCGCAGCUCGGACUCGACCGCGGUGGGAAUCGGUGGCAGUGCUGGCCGGGAGGCCUCGCGCGGCGACGCAGAGCGGCACGACCGAGAGGCGCUCGACCACCUCUGGUCAGCGUCCACCUUCCUAGACUACACCUUCAGUGGUGUCGAGCCCAUCUUCCACUCCAACCCCACGCCUCACCGACCACACCCAAUUCCCCUCCCCUCCCCACAGCAAACCCUGAACCCCGACGCCUCUGUGCCCGCGGUGGAUGACCACCGUGCGACCCGUCUCCCCCAAAUCCUGCGUUCUGCUGCUCUCCUUCCGGUCUCCACGUCGCCCUCCGGGAUCCUAAGAUUGGAUCCCAAACUAUACGGGAUGGAUCUGCUGCUGGCCGCGGCGGACGCCAGCGUCCUCACCGAGGACCUCACCGUCGAGAUCCUCUCUCGGGUACCCUACAGCUCCAUCUGCCGCUUCAAGUGCGUGUCCAAAUCAUGGCUCGCCCUCUGCUCCGACCCUGCCCUCCGCAGGAAGUCGCCUCAAACGCUGUCCGGCUUUUUCUACCGGAGCAAUCAGCUCGGUCGCCAGUUCACCAAUCUGUCGGGGAGAGGCCGGCCUAUGGUCGACCCCUCUCUCUCCUUCCUGCCCAGCAGCUGUAAGACCAUCCAAAUCAUCGACUCCUCCAACGGUCUUCUGCUGUGCGGCUACGCCAAAAAGUACGAGUACGAGUACCUCGUGUGCAAUCCUGCAACUGAGAAGUGGGCUGUGUUGCCAGAGACGAAUGCCAUGGUGGGAAUGCACACCGCGCGUCUGUGUUUCGACCCAGCGGCGUCGUCUCACUUCAGAGUUUUCCUGCUCGUGAAAGACAGGCUUGAAGUCACUGGGGUGAAGGUCUACUCAUCAAAAACUGGAGCAUGGACCUACCGUCAGAGCGAGUGGGGUGAUAGCUGUAUAGUGCACGAUGCUGCAAAAAGUGUAUUCUUCAAUGACACAAUGCAUUUCACUACAUCUGGUUCUUCGGUAGUCACGGUUGAUAUGGAGCUCAGCAGAUGGAGGAGAAUCCCGACACCGCACCCAACAAAUUCCAGCUUCAUAGGGCUGUCUCGGGGCUGCCUGUAUUUGGUUCGCUGUGAUUAUAACAAUGACUACCAUCUGUCAGUUUGGGUCCUCGAGAACUGUGGAGGUCAUUAUUAUCAGCAUUUCGAGUCAGUGUUGGAGACACCAUCACAUUUUCUUGAGAUGAAGACAAAAGAUAUAUACAAUGUCUCUGUCCUUUCCGAAUCAGAUGGAGAGAAAUAUUGGAUUGGAUUUCCUGAGUGCAAUGAUCUACCUGGUGAUUGCGAGGAAUCUUUCUAUAAAUCUUACUUUACGGAUGCAAUGGAUGUUUCUGAAGAAGAAAUGAACAGAAUUAUCACACGCAUGAAGGAGUUCAUGAACCAUCCGUGUUAUUAUGAUCAUACUCCUAAUUUUAUAAUACACAGGCUAGAUAAUGAUGAAUUCUCUAGCUGGGAAGUUCCACUAGAAGCUGUGAAAAUCAAAUAUUGUUCUACCAAGAAAGGGUGA